GAUCCGAGGACAAGACAGUACGCGUAUGGGGUUUAACCCUGGGACUUGUCGUGGCUACGUUCAGGCAUCAGGCGCCGGUAACUGCUGUUACCGCUAUGCUGGAUGGAAGAAGGGUGGUCAGUUCAGACCGUGCUGGCUCCAUUAGAGUAUGGGCAGCAGACAGCGGUACAUUGAUUCAAUCUGUUUGCGGACCUGGACGAUGUUUCGCUGUUGCGUCCGACAUGAGGUUCGCGGUAUGCGGAUCUGGUGACAAUCAGGUGCGCAUACUCAGCCUGGGCGCCGGUCCCGAAGAGAAGCAUCAGGUAUCGCACUCGCAGGAUAUCACGUGCUUGGUUGUGACGCCGGAUUCUCAGUACCUGAUCACCGGUUCCCGCGACAUGAGUCUGAAAGUAUGGCAACUGGCCGGCGGUAAACUCUCCCAGGUGUUAGUCGGCCAUACCGACCACGUAACUUGCGUAGCAGUCGCGGUGCUCGACAAGUCUAUAGUGGUAUCCGGCUCCAGGGACGCCAAUUUGAUCGUCUGGGACAUCAACACCGGCGCCGACUUGCACACCCUCGUGGGUCACCUGGGCUACGUGAUCUGCGUGCGUCUCUCCGGCGACGGCACUCUGGCUGUUUCCGGAAGCGAGGAUAAGAGCCUCAUCGUCUGGGACACCAAGAAGGGCACCUCGCUCAGUUCCAUCAUGCUGCACGUACCGGUUUUAGGAGUCGAAAUGUCCACCGAUUGCUCCAGGAUGGCAGUACAAUUGUUGGAGCAGAAGUGCAUGCCUAUUCUAUGUCUGCACAAUACUCCCGCGCAAUACGUCAAAUUGCCGCCGUACGUGGCACCGCGAGAUUUGAGACCACCAGGACCGAAACGGCCCGCCAAGAGGUUGCUGAAGAAAGAGGUGUCUUUAGAUACUUAUACCUGGCAGCGAAAAUAUGGGCAUCUUACGUCAGGUAUCAUAGUGUCGAGUAUCGAGGAACGAUUGAAACGACGUUUUAGCGUGAGCGCGUCAAUGGAGGAGAUCAGCCAGGCAGGUUUAGCCGGUUCUCAAUCUGGCCUAGGUCCCGAGCAGGCCGCUUUAGCGCAGUCUCAACACUUUGAUCAACUCGAGGCCCUUUGGAACAAACAGUCGCCGCCACCAAGACCACGUGGCCUAGUCCGGACAUUAACGAAACAAAGCUCGCUUCAGGCUACCCGAAUAUCCGACUCUGAAGAAGAAGAUAUACCGGAUUAAAUGGCAGAAUAUUUUCUAUCGACAAUCUUCGGUUGAUUGUCGAAUAUAUUUAAACUACAAAAUGUCCUUCCGUGUCAUUCGAUGCAAUAAAUAAAGAUAUACCAGAGGUAAUAGAUUAGAACAAAAUGCAA